AACCCUGGGGGAUUUAAGUAUCUACUUGAUAGGCUCACACAAUCUUAAUCAGCCUAUAAUGGAGCUAAUGGCUGUUUGUCAUCCUUGGAGAUAUAAAUUUCCUGGUGAUGUCUACUGCAGUCAGUGCAUGAAGUGUGCUCUGACUGCCAGCAAGGUCUAAUAACCAGGAGAAGGGCAGCCAGCCUCAUUAGAGAGAGGGAGACCGCACCGGCUGCUUUUCUGGGGAACUCUGCUCCUGAAAACUGAGGGGGGAAAAUGGAUAAUGCUGUUGAUGGAUUGGAUAAGGCUUCAAUUGCUAACUCGGAUGGGCCAGCCCCAGGAUCCCAAACUCCCCCCUUCAAGAGAAAGGGCAAACUCUCUACCAUUGGCAAAAUAUUUAAGCCUUGGAAAUGGCGGAAGAAGAAGACGAGUGAGAAAUUCAGAGAAACAUCAGCAGUGUUGGAAAGGAAGAUUUCGACAAGACAAAGCAGAGAGGAGCUGAUAAGAAGGGGAGUUCUGAAGGAGAUACCUGAGCAAGAUGGCGAUGUAACAGUAAAUUUUGAAACUUCAAAUGGACACACCAUAGCCAUUGGUGAAGAAACCAUACAGGAAGAAAACAUUGUAAAAGCCAGUGGAGAUAAUGGUACUUUGUCAGAGAAAGACUUUGCAUCGGAAGGAAAAGAAGAACAUCCAAAAGAGAGCACUACUGAUCACUGCCCAGAAAUACCGGCAUCCCAUGCUCCACCGCUACCCAGGCCUAAGCCUAAAACUAAAAAAGCUCUGCUGCCACCAAAAAAUGCUAUUGCUGCUUCCACCACCACCAGCCAUAAGAGUAAUGAAGCACCUCAUGCUAAAAAAAAGGGAAAGGCUCCUGCUAAGCAGCCUCCUCUCCCACCUCCCAAGCCAACAAGUCACAGUGCAAAUCGAGAUGCUGCUAGUUCCUCUCAUGCAAAAAAAACACCAGUCUCCAAGUCCUCUUCAUCACCAUCUCCUUCGUCCACAUCAUCUCAUCCCAAAGCCUCUAAGGAGACUUCCAGCAAAUCAGGCUCAUCGGGGACCCCCAGGGGCAAGAAAAAACCUGGGAAACAGUCAGCCCCACGAACAGCACCAGAUGGGGCUGCUUCUCCCCCUUCAGGUGCCACAGCCAACAGGUUGGAAGUGAAGGCAGAAAAAUCUGAGUCUGAGCAACCUUCCAUAGUAAUUUCUGAAACGGAGGACAUCACAGAGCAGCAGAGCAAGCUAGUUGUUCCCCCUCCUCCCACUGCUGCCCCUCCACCUCCUCCACCUCCACUUCCGCCUCCUUUUCCUGCUGCAGCCAGUCAUUCCAGUGCCUCAGACACACAAGCUGUGUCAGACAGCUGUGGAGCAGGGCCAUCUGUUGCUGGAUCAGAUUAUAAACCUCUUCUCCAGACUGAACAUGGCACAGAUGAGAACCUGAGCAGUACAGCCCUAGACAGCAGUCCAGAUGCUGGGGGAGAAGACACGGAAAGUUUGGCUACCACAGAAGAAAAAGAGGAGGAUGCACCUAACCAAACACAUGCUGAACCAGGGGAGGAAGCUUCUGAAGCUGCUGCCACUCCUGAGAGUGAAAGUAGCAGAGAGAGCCACAGCAGCGACUCGGACUCUGAUGGGCCCAUACUCUACACAGAUGAUGAUGAUGAUGACGACGAUGAUAAUGGAAGUGCUGAAAGCUCUCUGGCAAGUAAAAUUCGUCGCAGGGACACUCUUGCUAUCAAACUUGGCAACAGACCAUCUAAGAAAGAAUUGGAAGACAAAAACAUCUUGCAGCGUACAUCUGAAGAGGAGAGGCAGGAAAUCAGACAUCAGAUUGGAACGAAGCUAGUGAGGAGACUUAGCCAGAGGCCUACAACUGAAGAGCUAGAGCAAAGAAAUAUCCUAAAGCAGAAGAAUGAAGAAGAGGAACAGGAAGCCAAAAGAGAAAUAAAACGGAAACUCAGUAGAAAGCUCAGCCUGAGGCCUACAGUGGCUGAACUUCAGGCAAGAAGAAUCCUACGAUUUAAUGAAUACGUGGAGGUCACGGAUUCUCCAGAUUAUGACCGUCGUGCAGACAAGCCUUGGGCCAGGUUAACUCCCGCAGACAAGGCAGCAAUACGGAAAGAACUAAACGAAUUUAAAAGCACAGAAAUGGAAGUACAUGAGGAAAGCCGGCAAUUUACCAGGUUUCAUCGUCCAUAAUUUUUGACCACAUCCCAUAUUUCAUAUAACAAUUUUCUUUGGGGAAAUCAUUGCGUCCUGAAGACCGGAGAUUGCACUGGAACUUGACUGAGUGUGAGUGUGUGUUGCAGCUUACCCUGAGGUUAAUGAAGGAUGUGGCCCUCAUCUUUUAUCAGUGAACAAAAGAUUUGACCAGAAGGUGAAACCAUGUGACGUGUUCAUUUUAACUAAGAAAUAUCCCAGUGUUAAGAAAGACCAUGGUUCUGUUGCUAGCCCAUAAAGACAAGUUGAUGGUCUUUUUCAUCGGCGUUUGACAAGUCAGGAAGAGCUGAAGACAAUCGUUUGAGAGCCUGUUACCAGGAACUCAUCAGACUUUAUAGCAUUGUGAUUGAGGGUAACUGAGUGGGGGAAGAGUAAAAAGGACUGAGAGAGUGCAGGAUGAGAGACUUCACUUGUCAGUCAAGAGAAAAAAGUGGAAUGGAUGGAACUGUUACUGAUAUAUGUGGCCAGUGGGAGGAAUUUUUUUUUUUUUUUUUGUUAAAUCUGAGAGUAUGAGCAACUGUGCAUGUAUGUUUUUAGUGGCCGCAGCCUGUCUUAGCAAGAUAGCAAGCCACAAGUCCUCAUAUCAUCAGUACUUUAGCGAAGAACUGUAAUUUUCUCUGUUGCCAGUAAACCCAGUUGCCAGAAAUUAGUCCUAGUAUAACUCAGAUGUCUUUUUUUUUUAAAUUCUGAUGAGCAUGCUUCAAGAAAAGACAUUGAACAUUCAUACAGAACAAGUACUUUUCCUUUUCUUUAAUGUUGGAUACUUUGGAUUCUCAGAAAUACAUAAAUAGGAUUUGAAGAACAAAUAAUGUGACAAUAUGAAUGCAAUGGAAGAAUCCAUGUUUAGGAACGCUCCUUUCUGUCACUUGCCAUCAAACCAGAGGGAUCAUUAUCCUUCUGACCUAUGGCAGGCACUAGUGGCAACUUUGACACCAUUCUAGUUUGAAUCAAAAAUCAGAAUUGAAACUGUGCAUAAAUGUCCUUACUAGUAGGUUUGAGCAGUGAUUAAUAAUGUGACUUUUUAAGUUUAAGAACUGUAUUAGAUGAGUCUCUUGGACUGCUUUUAGGAAGAACUCAGAGAUGCAUCAAUAUGUCUUCAACCAAUGGUCUUGUAAAAAUUAACAGAAAAUCCUUAGAGUGUCUAUGGCCUGUUUUUGUUGUGUCUGAAGAAUGCUUAUUAGAAUCAUAUUUUUUUUAUACUAUCUUGAAAUUGUAUAUGUGAAUACAGUACUAUUAAAGUUAAGUGAUAUGGAGUGUGAAAGGCAAUACAUGCUUUUUCUAAGUUGGCCCAAAGGCCUAUUAAAAAGCCUGUGGCGUUGUUUACACUAAGAAAUUCUCUGUCUUGUAUUAGCACUUAUUUAUCCUUUGAAUUAAUGUACACAACAUUUUGGGGGUCCUGGAAAUCACAUAUGCAUACAUUUAAUGCAGUAUUACAAUAUAUGCGCUAUUUAUCCUUUCUAAUGUGUGUACAUACUACAAUUUAUUUUUGUCUCUUAUGAUGUGGCCUGUUUAGUUUUUAAUUAUGCAGUGUAAGUAUUUCUUUUUCAGACAAUAAAAGUCUGUGUAGAUGUGAUUUUUUACCUCAGAACCUGCAAUAGAUUUUUGUGGAAUGUUUUUAGUUUAUAAAAUUAAAGAUUGUUGUCUCAGAUGUCAGCCUAAAGGCAGGAAGGCAAUUUGGUGGCUAAAAUCAGAUCUCCCUCUUUACUGAUAUAUCCAGCAACACCAGAUUUGCAAGAAUUUGGUGGAUUAUUUCAGUAAAGAGCACUUCAAGUAACAGGAGAGUGCUUUCCAACAGCUGGCAUUCUAUUUAUUUUUAAAUAGAUUGACAAACCUUUUUUUUAAGAAGAUAAGUUUAUAUGACUAUUAGGAUCACUUACAUUUUAGUAAAAAUCCAAUGACGUGAAGACCCAAAAAUAUCAAUAACCAAAUAAAAUACCACCUACAUGCUUGUAGCAAAGAAAAAGAACUAGCAUCUUCCUCUUUUAAUGGAAUCAAUAAGAGACAUUAAGAUUGCUUUUGCAGAAAACAAUUUAGGUUCUAUAAUGUCAUCAUUUUAUAAAUAUAGAAACACCACUUUUACAUUAAGGAAGUAAUGAAAAUGUAUACUUUGGCACUAAAUUGUACAGAAGUGAUCAGGCCAUUAGAGUUAGGAUUUGUCAGGAAUUCUGGCAGAAUCCUAUUUUUUUAUUUUUAGGAUUUGAAGAGCAAACUUAAAAACUUAUACUAGCACUUAAUAAAUAGUUCUUCUGCUUAAACUUUUACUUUUUGUUGUUGCCAAAUUGAGAAAUAUUUGUUCAAAAUCCUAUAAAGGUCAACUAUGUGGACUUUGAAGUAUAAAACACAGUAUUUCACUUCAAAGGAAACAAGUGGAACAAUUAAAAUAGACCUCAGCGUUGCCUUAAUCUCUUUUAAAAAUUUGAAAGUAGCCAAGAUACUGCAGGUGGAAAAGUAGCUGUUGCAAAGGCAGAAUAACAACUUUGACAAAGGUUUUUCUUAGACUCUUAGAGUUCAGUUACUGGGUUGACUUUGCAAGUAGACAUUCCUCUGUACUGGGUCUGGAACGUGGAUGGCAGGAAACGUGCCAGCUUCUCAUAUAGGAAUUAAAAUGCAAAGAUGAGAAUGCAACUUCUGGCUCUGACUUCUUCAAGCUGCACUUUGCCAUAAGACAUGAGGGUACACUGGUGAAGAAUCACUUACACUUUCCCUAUACUCUCCUCCUGUUUUUUAGGGUGGCGUAGAUUUUUUUUUUUUUUGAAGUAUCCUCUUCCAUCCACUGCUAGAGGCAAAACGAGCCUGGAUAGAGAUGCUGAGCUACUCUUUUAUUUUUUAUGGACAAGGGUUUUUCCAUGAUAAAUAAUCAGAUGUAUUCUUUGGUCAGCAAUUGAGCAAAUUACCUAACCAAAUUUACCUAACUGGACAAGAAGAGUUUCCUUUAUUGAGACUUAGGUAAAAACAAUAUAUUUCCAGAAUUGGAACUAUCAACUAUCCAUUGUAUCCAUGCACACACCUAGAAUUGUAUAUACUAUUUUUAUACUGUAAAUAGCAACUGGCAAGAGAACAGCAGCUGUAAAGUGCUAUCCACGCAAUAAAAAAGUAAUGAGGUUUUGGUAUGUCACUAUGUUCAAUGAAGCAAGCUUGAGCUGCCUGCAGUCGGGUUUCCACUGUAUCUCCUGGUCCUCAGUACUGACUAUUUCAAAUAUCUUUUUCAAGUUGCUACAAGAGCUAAUUGGAAAGAAUAUGUCGUGAACCUCACCCUCCAUGGUGCUGCACACCUGUUAGCAGGGAAAAAUCAGAAGUCCUGAGAAAGUCCUGACUGAGCAAUUCUUGAGAAGGAAAAAAAAAAAAAAAA